UCAUUUUGGCGAGCAGUAUUGUCAAUGUGUGUACCAACACGUUUUUCCCCAGCGGCUCGCUUUCCGACAUUUUUUUUUCCUGUGCUUUGCUUUUCUGGGCCGAAAUUUCAGAAUUCGAUUUGUGUUUUAUAUAAAAUCCCGAGUACACGAUGAAACGCCAAUACAAUCCCAAGAUCUCGGAGGAGCAGCAGCGCGAGAAGGAUGACUCGACCACUCCGUCAUCCCAAUCGCCCACAAAUUCUACGCAAUCUUCACCGGAAUCGUCGACGCAGCCCAGCAACUACGCGAUUUUGUAUGUGGAUGUGGUAAAGAAUAUGACCAAACUGGUGAUCUCACAGCCGCCACCACCACCACCGUGUCCGGCACCAGAGUUUAGCAUCUUUCGUGAGGAUUUUCCCGCCCUGCCGGGCACGCGCCUCUCCUCCACCUCGUCUUCAAUGGUUCCCGACGACUGGACAGCCAUGUUAACGGACGACGAGGUAGAUAUCGACUCAAACGGUUGCCUGGGUGAGCUAACUGUCAGUGGUCCACCGUCUACUGUCAGCACCGAGGAGGAGGAGGACGACGAGGAGGAGGAUGAUUUCCCGAAGGAACCGAACCAUCCACCGAUCAUCGGAACCGCAGCCGCCACUCCAGCCGCUUCGUCGUCAUUGGCCACCGCUUUCAACUGCGAAUUCCUGCCGCAGCUCUUUGGUUACCUCAAUAAUCCGGCUCGCUUCAAUGUUAGCCUGAUUUUUGGCAAACAAUUCCUCCAUGAGGGCGUUAGGCAGCGGGCUCAGAUCAAAUCCCUUGGCCGCCAAAUGACAUCGCCGUCAAGGGUCCAGGCACCGCCCGGAUUUGAGAAUACACCGCUCUAUGCGCAUCUCAAUACCACUCCGAAUGGUUCACCCUUUGGUGGCGUCUAUUUCGACUCGGGAUCAACUGGGCUGGAGGAGUUUUGCCAGGCGGAUGGGGAUUUUGUGGACGGCUGCUUUGGGAUGCUAGGAUUGGCCAGAAAUCUGGGACUGGUGGGACGCAAUCCUCAGUUUAAGGAACAAUUCCUUGGAGAAGAAAGCGAACGUGAUACCGAAUUUAAUUGCAAGCAUCAACCGAAAAACAUUCCCAUUCCGGAGGGAAUACCACCACGUGUGCCCAAGAACUAUGUCAUCGCUGGGAAAAUUGAUCUCCAGCAGCCGAAGAUGGAACAGAUGGAGGUGGAGCUGCUCUUCUAUUUCUUUUACACCUUCACUGGCGACAUGAUGCAAUUGCUGGCCGCUGCCGAGUUGGCGGAACGUGGCUGGCGUUUCCAUAAGUUGGAGCAUUUGUGGAUCCUGCGGCAACCGGACAAUCCGCACUACAUAUACCGGGGAUUCCAGGAGUCGGGCGAAUACAACUACUUCAACAUGUACAAGUGGAGGAUUUUGCCGCGUUUCUUUCAACUGGAACCCGAUCAUCUGGAGCGGACGGUGAGCAAGGAUGAGCUGUACGAGCAGUACGGAUACCAUCCACAAAUGGCCCGUUGAGAGGCGGUUGCUUGAAGAAGAGAUAUACCAUCUUGGAUUUGCUUUGUCGUUGUCAGACGUUUUAUAAAACAAAUGAUUGUAAGCGGUUUUUUUUUGUA